AUGAAUCUUGCUGGCUUCAGAGUUGCAGUUAGGUCCGCUGGAGGCAUACUAGGUGUUAGAACACCCGGCCAAGGACCAUUAAUUUUCACACAAGUGAGAACUGCAACCAAACGUGUAUCAGGUUCUAAAACUAACAAGAAUGACUCCGCUGGUCGUAGGUUGGGACCGAAAGCAUACGAAGGACAUUUUGUCAAGCCAGGGCAGAUCAUAAUGAGGCAAAGAGGUACCAAGAUUCACCCAGGCGAAAAUGUCGAUAUAGGAAAGGAUCACACAAUUUUUGCGAAGGAGCCUGGUUAUGUCAAAUUUUAUCACGAUCCAUUUCAUCCUUUAAGAAAAUAUGUUGGUGUAUCUUUGAAAAAAGAGUUACCUUUGCCCACGCCUCAUUUUUCGCCUAGAGUGAGAAGAUUUGGAUACGUGGAGCUAUUAGAUCCACAAGAAGCUGCAAAAGAGGAAUCGCAUAUGUCCAGGAAAGAAUUUCUCCAGCAGGACGAACUUGCCAGCUUAAAAGCAGCGAAAGAGAGACGACUUGAAGAAGAAAGCAAGAAAAUCGAACAGGCAUUACGCUCCUUGGUUGAGUUGAAUGAGGAUGAGAUGGUAAUGGCCAAAGAGAGAAUGCUCAACGUCGCUCAGCUUGUUACUGCUAGCAAAGUCAAAUCGUUGGAUGCAGAAGCACAUACAACAUUUGACUACAAUUACAGCAUAGAUCUUGCGAUCAGAAGAGGUGACAUUUCUGAAGAAGAGGCAGAUGACAAGAGAAGCCUCUAUGCGACGUUAGUAGAGAAAUUGUCCGGUAAUGUCAUCGUCGAUGCUAAAGGUAACGUUUGCAAGGCCUUGAAUGCCGAAGAAAGAGCCAGAAGACAAGAGUCAAUACUUAACGAGCUUAAGGACAAAUAUUCGGGAGUCGCUCUUUCCCCUGAAGUGAGAAAGCAAAUAGCGAGCUUGAUAGAGUCAGAGGCGGUGUUCGAUGCGCAAAAGCAAGAAGAAUUGAGGAAGCAGUUCUUGCCCGAAUCGAGACCAAUAUGGACCUUGGAUAGUAUUGUUGAGAUUUCAGAAGACCAAAAACCGAAGAACGCUACAAGAGUGUACGAUGAAGCUGCCAAAAAAGUAAAGCUUUUCACUACUGCUUAA